AUGGCAGCCCUACUGAACCGGCGUUUUGUCGCCAACUCCCUCGCUAUCCUCACUGUCGGUGGAAUCGGCACCUACACAGCGUCCAAGUACUUCACCAAGAGCGCGUUCGCAGAGUCGCCAAACUCGGAGUCCCAGAAAGUCUUCAGUCGCGCGGGCCCGGCGUUCAAAUACCUCCGUCUUCAUAGCGAAGAGAGCGUCAACCACAACACAAAGCGUCUCCGGUUUGAGCUGCCCGGUGGUGAGAGCUCGCAGAGCGGACUGGGUCUGACUUCUGCCCUCCUCACCUUCUCCAAACCCGAUGGUAGCUGGUUUCCCGUCGUACGACCGUACACCCCCGUCAGCAAGCUAGACGAACCCGGAUUCAUCGACCUCCUCGUCAAAAAAUACCCAAACGGGAAAGCAAGCACCCACCUGCACAGCCUCAAACCCGGCGACAGUCUGUUCAUCCUCGCCUCGUUACCCAGUUUCUCAUGGACACCCAAUAAAUUAAACCACGUCUACCUGAUCGCAGGCGGUGCAGGCAUUACACCCAUUUACCAGCUCGCACAGGGAAUCCUCGACAACCCCGCCGACAAGACGAAAGUCACCGUGGUCUUCGGCGUGAAUACCGAGCAGGAUCUGCUUUUCCGGCAGGAGUUCGAUGCGUAUAAGCGUCUGUAUCCUGGGAAACUGGAUGUUCAUUACGCGGUUAGUCGACCGGGUAAAGAAUUUGAGCCGGCGGACGGUGUAAGAGACGGGUAUGUUACCAAGGAGGUUCUGGAGGAGGUUAUGAAGGGCCCCGGGGAGAAGGACACAAAGGUGUUUGUUUGUGGACCACCCGCGAUGGAGACGAGUUUGGUUGGGGCUGGGGGUUUUGGGAAGGGACCGAAGGGCAUCCUAGAGCAACUGGGAUAUGGGAAGGAUAGGAUCCAUCGGUUCUAG